GGAACCGCUUCAAGUCUCAGCAAUACGUCCUAUCUGCCCCCCGAUUGCGGAUUGUUUAAGGAGUGUUGCAGUUGUCAAAGAGAUGAAUGCUGCAUCACCACGGGACAGGGUCCUGAGUUCAUCCCUUACUGUCAGCCCUUGGCAGGUCUGGGAGAGUCGUGCUUGGGUCCUGUGAACGCUCUGCGCUCUCAAUGUGACUGUCGGGCAGGACUCUACUGUACUCAGGACCAAACGUGCGCACAGGAUCAGAACAUCUUGGGCAGAGCUGAACCGUAAACUUUUCUUCAUCUUCCGUCUGCCUUUGGGUGUAGACAUCACUGAAAUGGUCAGUCUUGAAGACUUCACACAAUAAAUGAGGAGUCCACAGGAGAAACGGCCAUUGUCACAAACUGGAGAUCAUGAGGGUGUCAAUUUUAAAAGUGUGUAGACUCAUAACUUCAUAUUUGUUUGACUGGUGGUUUAUUUUUAUGUUUGUUGAAUGGGAAAUCUCACUACAAUAAUCAACCAAUAGUUGAACAGAAGUACAGUUAUGACAGUGAGUUAUGGGUCAACAAGUCUUCAAAAUUUAUGGAUACCCUCACGAUUUUCAGUUAGUGACUAUUCCCGUUAAUCCGAUGGACUACUCAGAUCUCUGGAAA